AUGACUACUUCUUUUGGAAUGGGAUGCGUCAUUGGUGGUGCAUUUGGAUUGACCUCGAUUGGAUACCGAGCCACUUUCUAUCUUCUGGGUGGCCUGGCCCUUCUUGUUGCGAUUCUGGGUUCCUUAUGCAUUGAACCUGCUUCCGUUAAAGGAGACAAAUUGAAAGACCUGGACCAUAUUGGGGUUGCAUUAAUGCUUUCGGGAUUGCUAUUGCUGGUCACUGGUCUGACAGAGGGAGGCACCUCUUGGAAUUCUCCAUCAGCCUACGUUCCAAUUAUUUUUGGGGUUCUGCUAUUAUUCACAUUCUUUGCCUGGGAACUGUAUAUAAUGCGGAAGUUCAAAAGCUUCGACAGCGUGCAGUUGCUCAUACCGCUGGAAACGUGGACGAUUCCAAACAUUAUUCCAUAUUUAUUGGUAAAUGGAAUAGGCUACUCUAACAUAUUUUCCACGAUGUUGAUGUCAUUGGAGGUCUUCGAAUAUGUUGCAGUGAACUCUCCUCUAAUCUCAGGUCUCAAAGGCUUAACAGGUGCAGUUGGUCUAUUCACUGCUUCAAUACCUGCCUCUUUUGCGUUUGGAAAACUCCCACCAAAGUACGUGACUAUUACCGCUAGUCUUUUUUCUCUUGCUGGUUCGAUCAUAGUAUCGAGAUUGGGAAAUACGACAGAGUCCUGGUGGAGGUAUGGACUAACGGGCAUAGGACUCAGUGCCUUUUCUCAAUGCUUCAUCUUCUACUUCUGUCUUAACACGGUGAUUGUCUCAGCACCUCUUGAAAUGCAGGGAGUUGUGUCUGGAAUGGGAAUGACAAGUGUCCAGAUGUUUAUAGCUAUUUCUUCUGGUGUCACUUCUUCGAUUGUGGGUGAUGUUGAACUUGGUACGACUACUGAAAUCCAAAAGAGGAUGAUGGAACGAUACCGCCACGCCUUUUACUUCAUUAUUGCUACAUCUGCUUUGAAUGUUGUGCUUAGUUUAUUCAUCAAGGAUAUGGGAUUUGGUUCUUUGAAGGAAAAAAGGGAGAAGAAACUUAUAGAAAGCGAUAUCAGAGAUUGUACAAAUGUGAAGAUUGAGGCUUCCAAUCAUGUCCCGGACUCGUCGGACAGGGUCUGA